GUCUAGUGCAACACCUUCACACGGGUAGACUGAAGCUACAGACCAAAGCAACUGGCUGAGAAGAGCAGAUAAUUCGGCAGCAGGUUAUCAUCACCGUCAACAUCAUCGUCACCAUGAAGAUGCUGACUGUGUGUGCACUUCUUUGUGCCAUGAUGGCUCUGGCUGCAGCUCAAUCUCCUCCAGACGCAAAGUCCCAAAUUGACCAAUCAGCAAAGGCCGACCUGGUCAAGAGGGUAAUUACAUGUCCCUAUGGUUGGACUCGGAUCUACCGCAGCUGUUUCCGUUUCAUUUCAACACCAAAGCGUUGGACUCGAGCUGAGAAUUACUGUCAGCGUCUGGGUGGAAACCUUGCAUCGGUGCGUAGCAUUUGGCAGUAUCGUAGGAUUCAGAGGAUGAUCUGGUUGGCCAUUCACCGUUAUGUAGGGAUAUGGAUCGGAGGCUCUGAUGCACAAGAGGAGGGAACUUGGCUGUGGAGUGAUGGUAAACAAUUCGUGUAUCGGUACUGGUGCUCUGGACAGCCCAAUAACGCCGGAGGCAAGCAGCACUGCUUAGCAAUGAACUACUCAGGUUCCAGGUGCUGGAAUGACGAUUUCUGCUGGAAUCGAAAACCAUUCGUCUGUGUCAGGAGACGCUUAUGAUUCCUGAUGUGAAGGCGUCGAGCAGCACAAGCACUGGUGGUGAUGUGUGUUUGUCCAUAUUUUCGAAAGCGUCUGUCUUUGUGCUUAUUAGUUUAAUAUGAACUACAUGCUCUAUAUCUCAUAUCAUUUCAUAUAAUUAUCUCAUUUCUAUCGCUGUAACGCUACUGAAGGAACAAAGCGACAAGUGACAUGAACAGCAGCUGGAUUGUCUCUCAGGCCUUUAAUGAGAGCAGAUUGAAUGUGUUUUGAAAAGAUUGCUUUUAGCACCUUAUUCUUUUGAGUGAACAAGAGCUGCAACUGAUUUUCUUUUAUCAUCGAUUAAUCUGUCAAUUGUUUUCUCAAUUAAUCAAUUAGUCAUUUGGUUGAUUAAAUGCCAGAAAAUGGUGGAAAAUGUUUUCCAGCAGGCAAAGACACAUUCUCAAAUGUCUUGUUUUGUUCUGACCAACCAAAAGAUAUGAAACCUUUUUUUUUUUACUAUCAUAGAGGCCAAAAAAAACUAUGAAAAUAUUCAUAUUUAAGAAGCUGGAACCAGAGAUAUUUUUUUUAGAUAACAGGACUCAAAGUGAUUAAUCAUCAUUGAAAUAGUUGGUGUGAAUUUUCCUGUCUACUGACAAAUUAAUUAAUCGACUAAUCUUUGCAGCUCUCAAGUUAACUGCUCUUUCUUGUCUUAUGCAACAAUAAAAGGCUCAAGCAUCA